GAGAUGGAGAGACUGUGUGUGAGUGUCAAAUUGAGUGAGUGUGCGAGAGUGGAUGCAGGUUGAUUGUGUAAGCCCUGAGCUGACAGCGGUGGCUGUCACUUCCCCUGAUGGGAUCCCGCUCUUUUUUUACUGCCACGUCGGAAAUGAUUGAGCCUCACCUUCUUCAGAAAAACAUCUUCCUGACAGCCCAAGUUUGCGACGGCCUGUGGGUGGUGUAGGAGUUAAUAAAUCAUGGCGUUGUUGCCAUUUCAGUUUCAACCUCCGGCUUUGGGCGGCUUUGGACCAAUGGGUGUCAACAUCAUGACAUGCCAUUUUACGUGCAUGCCUAAAAAUAACACACAAUGCAGAGCCUUCCUCAGGCAAGGAUAUCAAUUUACAGUGUUCGUGAUAUACACUAUGGAAGUGUUUCUGUAUGUUUUUUUCAUAAAAACAAACUUUUGAUGGUUGUGAAAUGUCUGUGGGAUAAAUUAAGGUUAUGACUCAUAGAGUCACACACUUCAAGUUCUACUGUAUGUGGAAAGCACAUGACGGACCAUCUCACCAAGCUGCCUACAGUUAUUAGGAAAAGUAGAUAAAAAAAUAUUUAAAACUCAACACCUUGCCAUAAUAAUUCAUAAAGUGUGUACUUAUAGGUCUUUCACAGAGCUCAUUUGUGUGCCCCUGUCUGGCUCCAAGUUAUGACCAGAAGUAAUAGGGAGGUGUCCCAGGCCUGUGUCUGUUGAAGUCAUAACCACGUACUCCUUUGAAAGCGGCUGUGGCAACACCCUCCCAUGCCUGAUUAACUUCUCCAAACCAAGCGAGGCUUUGGAAAGCUCAAGCAAGCGCUCACUUUUUUUCAUUAGAUGAACCCCUUCUGUUUUAUGCAUUUGCCAUGCGAAGAUAAUUACAUAGUAGGAGCUGGAAAAUUCCCCCCGAAGGACUCCGGCCGACUGCUUUGUCCCCUGUCACCAGCCACCAGUCCCAGCAAAGCCAACCCAAAAUAACUCCCACAGUAUUAUCUGAGGAAUGUGCUGCUUUUAGAGGCACUUUGUUUGUCUGCAUGGGCAGACUUUAAGAUAACCAAUCGAAGGAACCUAUACUAUUUAAGGCUGGACUUUGUGUGUGUUUGAAAGGGUUUGUGUUUGUUGUGAUGACGGGAGUAUUAUGAGGGUGACCAGUAGAUUUUGCUAACCUGAAGUAGGCAAUGCGGCUUUGCUUAGAUUUCUAUCAUGUCACUGUCUUUGACGUAGCGUGGUGGCGUCCACUGUGGUUUUGAGUCAAUGUUGAUGCAUAUGGUGCUGUACUGUAUAUGGGCUGCAUAGCCUACUACAUGUUCCAAGGCUGAAAAGUCCCCCAUGUGUGCAGCAGGCCCCCAGGCCAACCCGAGGCCUGCCCACUCAACGGCAGGCUGGAAUGCUCCAGUCAGACUGGGGCCGGGAGAAAGCAGCUGGCCUCCCAGACUCCCAGAGAGAGUACAGUUGUCCCUUUAAACUGGUGCUGAUAUACAGUAGAGACGGUUGUGUCUAUGUGUCACCCUCAGUUGUAGUCUCUCUGAAAAGGAUGGACCUAGCUUUUUGGGGGUUUGAGUGGAUUAAGAUGUCUGUGACAUAGGGACAGCUUUGUCAUCUCCAGUAGUGGCGUUCCUGAACUAGAUGGAUCUUCUUUCCGGGUUAGAGUGUGUCUACAUCAUGGUGCUAUGCUGAAGGAGAAUACCUGCGAACAGAAUGGCAACUCCUCAAAGCUCCAGACAUAGCAGUCUGUCAUCCCCCAUUGUGCACACUCCGAAGAGGAUGCAUGCCAUCCAAGUGGACUCUGUGCAGCGCUGGAUGGAGGAUCUGCGCCACAUGACGGAGGUGGAGUGCAUGUGCGUGCUCCAGUCCAAGCCCAUCGGCGUGGAGGAGGACGCCAGCGGCAGCCAGGGCGAGCUCAUCGUCUCCGGGGCCGCGUCGUCGGGGGCCGGCGGGGCCGGGGGCGACCACGUCACCCGUAACAACCUGCAGACCCUGCUGAAGAGGGCGCUGGUGGUCAGCACAGAGCUGGGCAAGAUGUUCCAGCGGCUGGAGAAGGGAAGAUGGCAGCGCGUCCACAGCACCGCCGUGCGCACCAACUGCCACGUGCGCUCACUCGUGCACGAGUACGGGGCCACGCGCACUACCCCGCCUGAAAUGCAGAAGUAUGAAAAGUCUCUGCUGGAGAAGUGCAUGGAGUUGACCACCAUUACUGAGAGGUGCCUCCACACUGAAGAUGAGUACUUCCUCAAGUCCAUGAAGGAGGCCAUUCACGAGAUCCUCACUGACGUCAGUGAUUCGUUCAGCCAAAUGAUUGACAUGGCCCUAGCCAAUGAAAUUCAGAUUCUGAUCAGGCAGAUCGAGGCCUCUGAUAAUGUUUACACCAUUGGCAGUGCCAUCAGCAAUCUCCUGUCGCUCACCCAGGACGGACCUCAGUUGUGCAGCAUUAUUGCCAAGGAGGGGGCGGUGGUGGUGCUGUUUAAGAUCUGCCGGCAGGACUGCUUCAGUAGCCUGUAUGCCCAGGCCCUGCGCACCGUGGCCUCCAUCUGCUGCGUAGAGGAGGGCAUCAACCAGCUGGAGAAGGUGGACGGGAUCCUGUGCCUGGCAGACAUCCUGACGGACGAGGCGUGUGCGGAGGCAGCUCGUGCGGAGGCGGCGGCCGUGGUGGCCCAGAUCACCUCCCCCCACCACACCUCCACACAGCACCUGGCCAGCUUCCUGGAGAGCAUGCAGGACAUCGUCACCGCCCUCAUCAAGCUGUGUGAGAGUGCCUCGUGUGGCGAGGUGUUCCUCCUGGCGUCGGCGGCUCUGGCCAACAUCACCUUCUUCGACAGCAUGGCCUGCGAGAUACUGCUGCAGCUCAACGCCAUCCAGAUCCUGCUGCAGGCCUGCUGCGACCGCCAGAGGGUCGACACACCCUACUCCAAAGACCAGGUGGUGACCAUACUGGCAAACCUCUCAGUGCUGGAGCAGUGUGCCACAGAGGUGCUGCAGGAGAAAGGGAUCGAGCGUCUGCUGCUACUGCUGGGAGAGAAGCCCACCUCCCCCAGCCAAUCAGAGGGCGCCGCAUGUGAGCGCGUGCAGCAGAAGGCCGCCGUGACGCUCGCUCGGCUCAGCAGAGACCCUGAGGUGGCCCAGACGGCCAUACAGCUACAGGCUAUUCCUCGACUCAUUGAGCUGUGCCGUUCUCCAGCCGAGAGGAACAAUAGUGACUCCGUCCUCGUAGCCUGUUUGGCUGCGCUGAGACGCCUGGCGGCCGGCUGUCCUGACAGCAUCGAACCCUCAGACCACCAGCAGCUCAUCAAGCCCAGACUGGUGGACUCCUUCCUGCUCUGCUCCAACAUGGAGGAAAGCUUUGUCUGAGACAUACUUACCGAAUGGUAUAUAGAGGCCACUUCAAUGGACUUCAAUGGACCUCUCAUAACCAUGUACACAGACACA